AUGACUGAGUCAAGCGAACCGAUAAUCCAGCAGAUAGAACCACCCACCUCAAAAAAUAACCAGAGAACCACAAAUGUACCCUUGUUCGGCAUGCCUCAGAGUCUUGGUCCGCCAAGAGAGACACCACAACCCAGAGCUAUGGCAACCCCUAGCCAGGGCCAGGGUAUCCCAAUUCCAACCAGUGCCUCACUAGCACGAUUGGGGGCACAAUUCUCACCCGACCAGAUGCGCACAGCAAUAGAAGUCCUGACAUUCCUUACUCAAACAACCCCACAAGCCCAGGUCAUGAGAACAGCCCCAGAGGUUGAGGUUGAUCAGAGGAGAAAACGUCCCAGACCCCAACAUAGUCCGAAUGUUUGGAGGAGGAAUCUGCAGCAAGACAUGGAAGGGGCUGAUAAUCAAGAGCAUGAAGCAGAGAGUAUCACACCAAGCAGAGCUCAACCCCGGGCAAGGACUGAACAAGCACCCAGUCAUAGACACCACUCCGUGUCAGGUACGCCCAAUCCCAUCCGAGCAGUAGUUAAGCCUGAUAAUUCUCCCUUCUGCGAUGAAAUACUCUCUGAAAGAAUGGAAAAGAUAAAAAUGCCCACCUGCAAAUACUCCGGAAAGACAGACCCAACGAAUCACCUCUCUGCCUUUGGGGGACACAUGAUGCUAUAUACCAACACAGACUCUAUGUGGUGUAAGGUCUUCCCUUCUACUCUAGAGGGGAUGGCACAGAGCUGGUUUGGUAAAAUACCCAAAGGCACUAUAACAUCUUUCCGGCAGCUAGCUAUCUUGUUUCGCACCCAAUACGUGGCAAACAUUGCCAGAGAAAGGAUGACAGGGGAGCUGAUGUCAGUCAUCCAGGGGCCUCAGGAAUCUCUGAGGGAAUACAUAUCCAGAUUCAAUAUGGAGGCGUCGAAUAUACCCAAGUUGCAGCAAGAGGUAGCAGUCCUGGCCAUGAUGACUGGUCUGCGGGAUGGAGAGUUCAAGAGUUAUCUGGGCAGAAAAUCAUUCACAACCCUGGCAGAGGUACUGGGAAAGGCAAAUGAAUUUAUAAAGAGUGAAGAAAUUGGCAGAGCAACCUCACGUCGAUAUGUGGCAAGUGAGAACAAUUACGGUAGUCAGAGCAAGAAAGAGCCAUACAAAAAAGAAUACUCAGACAGAAGAGAAAACCCACAGCCAAGAAGAGACUGGCAGGGACCAGGCAGAGGCAAAGGUAAUGAGUUUAAAACUGAGAAAAGGGGGAAGUUUAAUGAGUAUACCCCCUUAGUGGCAUCCAGAACUCAAAUUUUUGCCAUUAGCAAAGAAGACGAGAAGUGGCAGAGACCUCCCAAAAUGUACAACAAGUACAGGGACCCAAAAAAGUACUGUGACUUUCACAGAGAUCAUGGCCACCUCACAGAAGAGUGCACCCAUUUGAAGGAUAAUAUCGAAGAUCUGAUCCGGAGGGGAUACUUGACUCAAUUCAAAGCAAAAAGCUCGUAUAGCAGGACCUAUGAGAACAGAGAUAAUGAUAAUAGGUCCGACAAUAAGAAGGCGGAACCUAAGCAGAGCUAUCCAGCAGACCAAAAGAGAAUGGGCGACAUUUUGGUCAUAACAGGAGGGCCAGUUUACGCAGGAACCACUGUUAGCGGGGCCAAAGCCAGUGUGAGCGAAUUCAAUCACCAGGUUAAUUACCAUAAUUCUGGAAGGUGGCCCGCCCCUCCAAAAAUCCCGCAGUGCACUUUCACAGAGGAGGACUGUAAAGGCAUAAUAUACCCCCAUGACGACCCCAUGGUACUAGCCCUGAAUGUAGCAAACAGAAAAAUCCACCGUAUUCUGAUAGACGGAGGUAGCUCUGCGAACAUCUUGUUCUGGCCUGCUUUCCAAGAGUUGCAAAUUGAUGAGAAAUACGUAAAACCAGUCAAUUACCCAGUAAUCGGAUUCACAGGAGCCACAGUGAUACCAGAAGGGAUAGUCAGUUUGCCAGUGCAGAUUGGCCAAGGGAAGGAUAUCAAGGACAUCAUGGUAGACUUCAUGAUUGUGAAAGUCCCCGCAGCCUACAACGUCAUUCUUGGCAGACCAUUCAUCCAUGACGCAGGGGCUGUAGUCUCCACUUAUCACCUUAAUUACCAUGAUGUAUACGACAAAUGA